AUGUCUGCUCAAGACUAUGUCGCAAAAUACCCUCGCAGGCGCGAGCUCCUCAAGACAGUCGACACUUACUGGAUAGACGACCCAUACCGGCCGCCUGGACAACUCGACUCGUCGCUCAAGAAGCACACGACUUUAAUCAAUCGCCUCAAGGCCGCACUGCUUAUUGGUCCCGUUGAUGCCAUUAUCAAGGAGAUUGAUGGCCUUGUGCUGUCCAAGUAUACGGCCGAGAUAGUCGCGGCUGUCGUCGACGGCGCGAGCCGCGGACGCGGCGACCCCGAGGUCGCUGUCGAGAUCAUUGUGUACUUGCACAAACGACUCGCUCCUGAGUUUCUCCCCCAGCUGCUUCCCCCGCUGUUGACCAUCCUCGCACCCGCACCUCCACCAGCCAAAGACGCGUCUGAGAAGGACCGCGAGAAGGAGGACAAGGAGCGUAUCUCGCGCCAGCGCCCCGUCCUCCGUAUCGUGUCUGAGCUGGCCAUGCUCAUGGCCUGGCCUGAGGGCGCGCUCAAGGGCGCGGCCGAGGUCGGCAAGGUUCUCAAGUCACUCAUGACGAGUGACCCCCAGUACACCAACAUCCCCCUCAUGUCUACCUUCCUUAAGCACUUCAGCCGAGCGUACCUCGGUUCGGUCCCACCUACGGACGGUGCCGCACCCGAAGCGCUUCCUGACGGUGUCGAGGAGCUCAUCCCCGCCGAGGUCCAGAGACAGAUGCGCGAACUCUUUACUAAAUACUUUGACACGGCCAGCAAGACGCUCGUCAAGGGUCAGCUCGACAAGCGCAACCACGAGGCGUACAUCAAGUCGGGCGAGAUCUUCGAGGACCGCCAGCACGCGUACGAGCGCAUGACGCGGGCCGUCGAGCGCCUCACCACCGGUGUUCAGGGCCUCGCUGACCUCCUCGGCCUUGAUUCACCUGUCCUCCCAACCGCCGCGUCGCUGGGCAAGUCAGGCCUCCAGAUCGUCAACACCACGUCAUCGUUUACUGUGCGCGAGGAUGGCGUCGUGCCUGGGGGAAUUUGGGACGACGAUGAGGAGCGUCGCUUCUACGAGGACCUCCCAGACCUCCUCGACCUUGUUCCUGCGUCCUUACUCGGCGUAAAGGGCAAGAAGUCCGAGAAGGAUGAGGGCGAGAAGGAAAAGGCGCCCGAGGAGGCGACUGACGCUGACGCUGAAGCCGACGCCCAAGCCCAGCUGCGCGAAGAGGAAGACCUCCGUCGCCAGAUUGAACAGAUGGUGCUUGAGGGCGCUUCGAGUGAGGAGGAGACUGUUCAUAUGGACCGGAACGACACCGCCUUCUCGGAAGAGUCUGGUCCAGCAGAGCACGAAGCCCACGAGGAGGAGCCGCAACCCGCUGCUGACGGCGCCGGGGACGAAGAGCUUCAGUCAGGCCCGGCUGCGCGUCUUACUGCGCUCUUCGCUGCUCUUCCGGAGGCGGUCAACCGCGAGAUGAUCGACAAGCUCGCAAUCGAGUUUGCGUUCCUCAACUCGAAGGCCGCGCGUCGGCGGCUUAUCAAGUUCAUCGGCGCUGUUCCAAAGAGCCGCACCGAUCUUCUUCCACACUAUGGCCGCUUCGUUGCCAUCAUCGACAAGUACAUGCCUGACGUUGGCAAGGGUAUCAUCGAGACCCUGGACGAGGAGAUGCGCUACCUCCAGCGCAAGCGGACGGUACGCGAGCUCGACAGCGUCCGGUUGAAGAACGUCCGCUUCUACGGCGAGCUGGCCAAGUUCAAGGUGGCGCGUCCGUACACCAUUCUCCACGUCCUGAAGGUGUUUGUCGACAACUUCAAGUUCAACGUCGAGAAUAUUGCCAACCUGCUGGAGACGUGUGGCCGAUUCCUCCUCCGUUCCGAGGGAACGUCUGAGACGGCCAAGAGCAUGAUCGAGUUGAUGCGCCGCAAGCAGAGCGUCACCCACCUUGACCAGCGCCUGAACAUCAUGCUUGAGAACGCCUUCUACCAGUGCAACCCACCAGAACGCGUCGCACGUGAGGUUGUCGAACUGCCGCCCAUGCAGCUCUACAUCCAGCACCUCCUGUACAACGUGCUGACGAAACGCGCACAGGAAAAAGUGCUCCUCCUCAUGCGUAAGAUGCACUGGGAGGACCCAGAGACCGCAGACUUUCUUCUCCGGACAUUCACAGAGGUGUGGGAGGUUAAGUUUGAGAACAUUGGUAGGAUAGCGGGGAUUGUGUACGACCUUCAGCGAUACCACGUCGACUUCUCCGUCGCGGUCGUGGACCAGGUCAUGGAAGACAUCCGAAUCGGCAUGGAGGAGAACAUCUUCAAGUUCAACCAGCGCCGUAUCGCGAGUGCCAAGUUCCUCGCGGAGCUGUAUAUGUACCGCGUCGUCAACGCGGCGGUCAUCUUUGAGGUGCUCUGGCAGCUGCUGUCGUUUGGACACCCUGAGGGCUUCCCUGUCCCAGGGCGCGACAGCCCCAUCGACUCCGUAGAGGACUUCUUCCGCGUGCGCUUAGCAGGUGUGAUCCUCGACACGUGUGGUAGCUGUUUCGCCAAGGGCUCCUUGCGGCGGAGACUUGACCAUUACCUUGUCGUCCUUCAGCUCUAUGCCGUCUGCAAGGCGGAGAUGCCGAUGGAUGUCGACUUCAUGCUCGACGACCUGCUCGAGACUCUGCGUCCCAAAGGCCGUCCCAAGGGGGUCAAAGACGGACUUGUGGUCAACCGCCUGCGAAACUUUGGAGAGGCGGCCCAGGCCCUCGAUGCAAUGCUGGCGGCUAACGCCACUGACCACGACGACGACGAUGACGAGGAUGAAGGGGAGCGCGCAAGCGAGCCUGGCAUUGAGCGCAUUGACGACACGGACGACGAAGAAGAGACGCCGUCGCCCGACGUCGACGAUGAGGACGAUGACGACGUCGUGCUGAUACGUGACCAGCCUAAAGAGCUCGACGAGUUUGACGAGCGCGCGCAGGACGAGUUCGACCGUGACUUUGCGCGCAUGUUGGCUGACACGACGGUUGAGCGCAAGGCUGCGCCGCCCGUGUUCGACCAGGCUGUGCCUAUGUUCCGCAAGCGACAGCAGAACGGCGAGUCAGACGCGAGUAAGAUGCAGUUCAUGCUGCUGUCCAAGAAGGGCAACAAGCCGCAGGUGCGCUCGGUGGACAUUCCGAUAGACUCGUCGAUCGCGAGCAACGUGCGCACGCACCAGGCGGCGUCGCGGGCGGAGCAGGAGCAGCUGAAGCGUCUCGUGCUGCAGAACGAGAAGCGACUCGAGAACGAGGACCUCGUCAACAUCGAGCAGAGCAUGGCGCGCCGCGGCAUCAAGGUCCGGAUUACAAACUCGUAG